AUGAUUAAUGCCACAGAUAAUGGAGACCUAUGCACCCAGUGCGCUGACACCGACUUUAAACGCCUCUCCAAGCUGAAUUACCCCGAAAGUGCUUUUGUAAGGCGCCUCGGGUCAAUUGAGACACUGAAAGCCUCCAAUUGUCGAUUAUGCCGCUUUUUCGCCACCUUUGCACCGCGCAGUGCGCCAGCCGGACUGGCAUUCGAGGAUUUCGACCUGCGAGUUUUCAACACGAAUUGGGUCUUUACGGGCUCGUCCCGUGAGCCAGCAAGGAGAAACCUGAUUGGUGUUGUACCCUCUAAUUGGGGCUCUAAGGGCAUCCAGGGGGGAGACAUGGCAAAGAUGCGUCUGGCUAUGGAAGAGACGGGGUACCUGGGCCUGGAGCCGUCAGCAGAGGACGCACCGAUGAUUAGCAAAGUCAACAGAGUGAACUCUAGAGGCUUUGACGUCGACUCGGUUAAGAGCUGGAUAUCAUACUGUCGGGAUAAUCACUCGACGCGGUGCCAUGACCCGAUGGCCGUUGACCCUCCUGGUCUUCAUGUUCUUGAUUGCCGCACUCGCCAAGUUAUCUUUGCCCCUAUUGGAUGUCAAUACGUAUCGCUGUCUUAUGUAUGGGGAAAUUCAACACCGAAAUGCGCCAAACGGCAAUCGACCAAGGCUAGGUUUGAAAAGGUCAUCGAGGACAGCAUCGCUGUUACCUUGAUGAUGGGAAUGCGGUACCUUUGGGUUGAUAGGCUCUGCAUAGACCAGACCGACAGGAAAAAACAACGCCACCAGAUAAAUCAGAUGGAUCUGAUAUAUGCUAGGUCGACCUUGACAAUCAUCGCAGCCGCUGGAUACGGGCCGGAACGUGGGCUGCCUGGGGUAAACGGAACCUUUAGAAAUCCACAGAGGCAGAUAACGAUCCAGGAUGGCACAACCUUGAUCUCUACUUUGCCGAUGGGGAGGCAUCUGGUCCAGAAAUCCAAAUGGAACACCCGUGGAUGGACAUACCAGGAAGGAAUUCUUAGCACGAAGCGUCUCAUAUUCACCGACAGCCAGGUUCUCUUUGAGUGCAACGGGAUGCAUUGUUGCGAAGCGGUCUCCUUCGACCUCAGCCGUAUGCACAAUAAAACCAAGGAAAUGUUUGACAUGGACGCCUACAGACUAGGUGCAUUUGGAGCUAAGACCCCAGGCUCAAAUCCGCAGGAAUACAUGAAAUAUGUGUCUGACUUUUCCAAAAGGGAGCUCAGGUAUGCAAGAGAUACACUGGAUGCUAUCCAAGGCGUUUUAAAUACGUUUACGAGGGCUAGAAACCCGAUUCACAAUUUCUGGGGCAUCCCAAUAGUCAGCAGUGACGGGGACUUUUUCAGACGAACGGAUUUCGUUUUGCUGCCUACAAGCACGACUCGGUCGAGGUCAACCCGUUUUAUCAUCAACCUUCUCUGGGAACCAUCUCCUGCCUACCCUCAUGGCUUCACGCGGAAAAAGGGAUUUCCUAGCUGGUCAUGGACCGGAUGGUGUGGGAAGAUCAAAGAUCAUGUCUCACUGGGGAAUGUUGUGAACCAGGGAAUUUUCCUGGAUGCCCAUGUGUGGUUUUCGGAUAAGCGGAAUCACCAGUGUCAUUCCAUUGAAUGGAUCCCUCUACAGCCUGGAAAACACAUUCUCCAAGAUGUGUUCUCCUCAAACCUGCUCCUCGAGGCGAAUGUGAUUCCUCUUGAGAUUGUCAAAGUUGAAUUUUCCCAGGAGGAGAGAAACUCAUUGAGAGGAAUGGCGGUGUCGCACGCCAAGCCACCUGAAGGCGGAUUUUUCGUCAAGAUCGAUACAGGCUCAGGUGGUAUCGUUUUCUCUGAACUCCAAGGGCACGAUCGCCAGAGGGUAGAUUUUACCAAGAGCCAGGACUCAUAUAUAGCUAUCCACUCGUUCACAGAAGAGAUCAUGGGCGUCAACAGGAUGA